AUGUCUGAAGUUCAGAGUGUGAGCAAUUUGCUGGGAACUGAAACUACAACUAAUGACGAAGAAAUAACUGGUCAAACCAAAGAUGACUUGACUUCACCUACAUCCUCUUCAACUGGUAUUGAAUUGGUAAAGGAACAAAAGGAAUGCUCUUCAAUUCGGGACGAAACUUCAGCAGAGGGAACUGAAAUAACAACACCGAAGGAGCACGCCCAGUUUCCCUAUUUCAAAGUUGGAGUCGUUGAGGAUUGCAACAAGCGUUACCGAAGAACCAUGGAGGAUGCUCAUUGUUACUUUUAUGACUUUGCGGGUGUCGAGGGACAAGGCUUUUUUGCUAUCUUUGACGGUCAUGCUGGCAAGCAAGCUGCUGAAUGGUGUGGAAAUCAUUUUCAUGAGACAUUUCAAGAAGUUCUCGAGAAGAAUGCAACCUUACCUAUUCCGGAAGUGUUUAAUCUCACUUUUGCAGAAGCAGAUCAGCGACUGAAUGAAAGCGCUGCUAAGCAUUCGGGAUGUACGGCCAUUGCUGCGCUUGUUCGCACAGAUAUAUGCGAUGAAGGCGAUGAAAAUGGCGGAACCGAAACUGUGGCGCGUAAUGGCACAGAUUCAGCAAAAAAGGCAUACAAACGCGCUUUAUACACUGCUAAUGUUGGUGAUGCGCGAGCAGUAUUAUGCCGUGACGGGAUUGCAAAAAGGCUUUCCUAUGAUCAUAAGGGGAGCGAUGUUCAAGAGGCGAAGCGUAUUGUCGAUGCUGGUGGCUUUGUACUGAAUAAUCGUGUUAAUGGCGUACUGGCAGUAACUCGAUCGUUAGGUGACUGCUCAAUGAAAGGUUGCGUUGUGGGCGCUCCAUACACCACAGAAACUGCUUUGACAGAGAAAGACUCGUUCUUGAUAUUAGCCUGUGACGGGCUCUGGGAUGUCUGUAGUGAUCAAGACGCAGUCGACCUUGUCAAGGACGUUAUGGAUCCACAAGCAGCAAGUGAGAAACUGCUCGAAUAUGCACUACAGAAUUUUAGCAUGGACAACUUGAGUGUAAUGGUCGUUAGAUUUACGAACACAUAA